AUGUCUGCCAACACAGUCCACGUCAAGAACAUCAGCUCCGCGACAAGCAAGAAGGAGAUCAGCUCCCUCGAACUCACCCCCGCAGAUAAGACCCAGAAUGCCACCGUUACAUUCGAGAAGGAGACCGCAGCCAAGACCGCCCUGCUCCUGGACAACACGCAACUCGGUGCCAGCUCCGUCCAGGUCACGUCUGCCACCGGCUCCAACGACGAUGAUGGAAGCCACUUCUCGGAACACGCCGAGAGAGACAGCGACGAGAUCACCCAGGAGGAGAAGCCGCGAUCGCGAAUUGCGGCCGAGUACAUUGCUCACGGCUACGUCCUAGGCGACCAGGCUAUCCAAAAGGCCAUUGACCUCGACAACAAGCACGGUGUCUCCAACCGCUUCCUAUCCACACUCACCAAUCUCGACGCCAAGUACCACGCCACUGAUAAGGCCAAGUCUGUUGACCAGUCCUACGGCGUCUCCCAAAAGGCUGGUUCCCUGCUUUCCGGCUUGAGCUCCUACUUCGAGAAGGCUGUCGGCACCCCCACUGGCCAGAAGCUCGUCAACUUCUACUCGCAAAGCUCCAAGCAAGUCCAGGACAUCCACGCCGAGGCUCGUCGUUUGGCAGAUCUCAAGAAGACCGAGGCAGGCGUAAGCAAGGUCCCAGGCACAGAGAAGACAACUUAUGUCAAGAAAGUUCCAGGUACCGAGAAGACGACCUGCAACUGCGGAGGUGAUACAGCCAACUGCCCAUGUGCUCCAGGCGCAUGUGCUUGCUCAGGCUGCCCCAAGGCAUCUACCGAAAAGGUUCCCGGCACCGACAAGACGACCUGCAAGUGUGGCGGUGAUAUCAAGAAUUGCCCAUGUGCACCAGGCGCUUGUGCUUGCGAUUCCUGCCCCAAGGUUGAGACCAAGAAGGUUGCUGGUACUGACAAGACGACCUGCAAUUGCGGAGGCGACGACAAGAACUGCCCAUGCGAGCCCGGCAAAUGCGCCUCCACCCCUGCUGCUGCUUCUGCCACCACCCCUUCUGCUACUGCUGCUGCUACUGAGGCGGCGGACGUUCUGGAGAGCGCGAAGGUUGCACCUUUGGAGCCUGAGAAGGGAACAUAUGUUUGA